UCUCAUCGAAUUUCCACGAUUUUUCUUCGGUUUUUCGUGAUGAUUUCUCUGAUACGAGCCUUCAGUGCCUCCAAAAUUGGUUUAAUUCAGAGACCUUGUGGAUAUUUGCAAUUUUUGGCUGCUGCUCAUAACAAAUCCAUCUAUGAAGCUGCUGGACUGCCUACUGCUCCAAAGAAACCUCUGAAUGCCUAUCUUCGUUACUUAAAAGAGGUCCGAGAGACAGUUGUAGCUGCAAAUCCUGGCAAAAUUACACAAGAAGUUAACAAAUUAAUUGGGGAACAGUACAAAACUUUGGAAGAUUCGAAGAAAAAAGAGUAUGAAGAUGCUUUUAAGAAGGAAACUGAGGAAUAUCACAAAGAAAGAGAGGCUUAUUUGAAGGCUUUGACGCCAGAAAUGAAGAAAAAAUUAGAAAUAGUUCGCAAAAAACGUCGAGAACGUCGAUUUGGCAUCGAAGAUACUGAAAAAAAUCCAGAAAAACCGAAGAAAGCUGUUUUAAUUUUUGUUAGGGAGCAAAUGAAAGAGAUCUCAAAGGAGCCUAAUGAGACACUUAGACAAUACAUGAAGAGAAUCAGACAAAAAUGGAAGAGUUUAAGCGCUGAAGAGAAAAAUUCUUAUGAAAUUCUGUCAAAAAAGGAAUAUGAGGAGUACAAAAAAUCCCUUGAAAAAUCAAAAAUUAAGCCAAAAAAAUCCAAAGGAAACGGAGCAAAAAACCUCUACGAAAAGGCAAAUCUUCCUUCUCCUCCGAAAAGACCUCUUGGCGCAUACCUUCGUUACCUAAAAAAAGUUCGUCCAUCAAUCGCUGCCAACAAUCCCGGCAAAUCUCCGCAAGAAAUCAACACUUUAGUCGGUGAAAAAUACCGAAAUUUAGAUGAAUCCGAGAAAAAAGAGCUCCAAAAAGGUUUUCAAGAGGAAUAUCGCCAAUACAUCAUCGCAAUGUACGAAUACCGAAGAACUUUGACGCCCGCCAUGAAGCUAAAUGUGGAAACAGCGCGAACUGAACGUGCCGCACGUCGUGCUCGCAAAACCAUAAAUCAACGAAAAACGGCUCUAGGCAAGCCAAAAAGACCUCCAACAGCUUUUGCGGUAUUUGUGGGCGAAAAAUUAAAGGAAAUCCCAAAGGAACCAAAUAAAUUGCUCAAAGAUUACAUCAAAAAAAUCAAACGAAAGUGGCAAAAAUUGAGUGAGACGGAGAAAAAUUCUUAUAUCGAUGCAGCAGCGAAAAAUUUGGAAAAAUAUAAAGUCGCUCUUGAUGAAUGGGAACGUGAGAUGAUCGCUCAGGGGCACUCGGAUGUCGUUCGGAACCAAAAAAGACUGAAAAAACUCAAUAAAAAUCAGGAGUCGAGUUGA